CUUUAUAUUUCUGAAUCUCAAAAACUCCAACACUCUUUGAGAUAUUUGGCGAUUGAGAGAUGACUGUGCAAAGCAGAGUCAAUACAGAGGCGACGUUAGAGAGCGUUUGGGCGAAGUUCAUUGCUGGAGAUGAAGCUGAGGACACAAACAAGUCCUGGGAGGGGCUACCUGACCUUGACGGAAGAGAUGGAUCCAUGGAAGUCUUGCAGAGGCUGCCAAGUUUGGGGAGGUGGGUAUCAAUGGGAACAGAGGCGUGGGAGGAAAUUCUUUAUGGGAUAAUUCCUGUAACCAACCUGGACCAGUCCUGUGCGUUUAGUGCAGGCAAAGGUGACACCAAUCAAGGGAAUGAAUUGAAUUCUGUCAGAAAAGAUAAGGUGGUUACGAGACAUUUCCGGGGAGUGAGAAGGCGGCCGUGGGGGAAGUACGCGGCAGAGAUAAGGGACUCGAGGAAGAAAGGAGCCAGGGUUUGGCUGGGGACUUUUGACACAGCAGAGGAAGCAGCUCUGGCAUAUGACAAGGCUGCCCUGAGGAUUAGAGGCCCUAAAGCAUAUCUUAACUUCCCUCUUGAGACAGUUGUUAAGGCCAUGGGAAUUGAAAAUGACUUCAAUUGUUGCAAGUUUUCAACCAGUCAAGGUAAUAAGGGAAAUGUUUCGAAUCCCAGGAAAAGGGCAUUAAUACAUUGGGAAGAAAGCGAUGACUGUGUGAUGAUUGAGGAGCCCGCAAUGAAGAGAAUGGCUAGAAGAGAAGAUAUGGUUCUCUCUAAUCUCACAAAAAGAGAAGAAGAACCUGACUUGAUUAUGAACAGAACGUAUAACAUGGAGGAAAUAUUUGGGGGUGGGUAUGAUGUAGAUGUAGUGGAAUUUCAGGAUUUGGGGAGUGAUUAUUUGGAGAAUCUGCUGUCUUCCUUUUGAAAAAAAAAAAUUCUGGGUAUGAUUGUUGUAGAAAUUUGAGUUUGGAAACUCCAUUUUUUUCAACACAAGAGUGAACCCUAAUACCUUGUUAACAACAAAACUAUAUUUUCAUG